GCAUGACUGGAUUAACUCACUUUGUUGUUGUUGGAGGCUCUUAUGCCGGUAUCAAUUCUGCUAGGGCAAUUUUUGCUGAAGCGGAGGCUGCAAAAACACCCAUCAAGUUAACUUUGGUAUCGGCUUCAACUCAUAGUUAUUACAAUAUUGCUACCCCUCGAUAUUUGGUCGAGCCUGAUUUGUUAAAUGAGAAAAUUACUUUUGACGUUGAAAAGUCUUUGAGGAAGCAUGCUGGGAUAAAUGAAUUUGAAUUUAUUUAUGCUACGGUGAAGGAAGCUGAUUUUGAUUUAAAAACCGUUAAAUAUUCCAAGUCAAACGAUGAUGUGACUGAUUUAUUAUCUUAUGACUAUUUGGUAUUGGCUAGUGGUUGUCGUUACAGCAACAAGGCUUUUAAAUUAAAUGAUAGUCACGAGAAUACUCUUCGUGAAGUCUUGAGACUAUCCAAAUCAAUCAAGUCCGCUACAAACGUUGCAGUGAUUGGCGGUGGUGCAACUGGGGUCGAAACUGCCGGUGAAAUUGCUUCUGCUUAUCCCGAUAAAAAAAUUCAUCUUUAUUGUGGUUCAGGAAUUCUUCAACAUUUGGGGGAAAGAGUAUCCAGAGAAGCUAAAAGUCAAUUGGAAGAACUUAAUGUUAACAUUAUUCCUAACAUCUACUAUACUGGUAUUGAAACCUUAUCCGAUGGGAAGCAAAAAGUUAUUUUCAACAACGAUACUUCCAAAAUUUUUGAUGAAGUGAUUACUGCAACUGCAAAUAUCCCGAAUACAGAGUUUAUUCCUGAUCGUUUUAAAAAUGCAAAAGGUUAUGUGAAAACCAAUGAGUUUCUUGCAUUGGAGAAAUAUGAGAACGUUCUUGCUAUUGGUGAUGUUGCGGAUAAAAGUAGUGGUAAUGCUGUUGAUAUAUUGUAUUAUCAUUUGCCGGUUUUGAAAAAAUAUAUUCAAAAAAAUGUAUUCAAAAAAAACGUCAUUAUAACUCCGGUUAAAUCUCAUGCACCAAUUGAGAUUGUACCCAUUUCAAGGAAAGGUGGUGUUGGUGUUGCUUGGGGUUGGUCCUUGCCAAAUUUUGUCAUUUGGCUUUUGAGAUCCAGAAAUUAUGGUAUACCCGCAGCAGGUAAGUUCUUAUAGUAGUCAUUCAUAUGUGGCGUAUCUGGCGU